AUGAAGUUUUUAACAUAAGAAGAAGUGACAAAACUCUAUUCCCUUAUAUAAUUAGAACCUUUAAAGGAAAAUUAAUGCAAAUUAUAGUUUCUGUAAACAGCUAUAGCAAAAUAUUAAGAGCAUAUUCCAUUUUAGAAUAUAUUUCUUUUAUCGACUCCAGUUGACCAAAGAAGACCUUUAACUUUUGAUGAAAUUAAAAACUUAGUUUUAAGUGGCCAAGGAGGAUUUUGUCAAGUAAUGAAUGUCUUUUUUAAUAGUUUCUUAUAAACUCUAGGGUACGAAUCAUAUAUAUUAAAUAGCUCAUAUGCUAAAAUACCUGAUAACCAUGUAGUAAUAUUGGUUAAAAAUGUACUAAAUUAAGGUGAUUCGUAUUUAGUUGACGUUGGAUCUGGAUAUUUUUAAUACGCUAUUGAUUUAAAUUUCGAAGAUAAAAGCCCUGUAUACAAUUUUCUUUACACUAAGUGCUUCCUGUAAUGGGAUUAAAAUAAAAAAGAUAUAAUUUUAUAUCAUAUAAAUAGAAAUGAUGAAUCUAAUCAUAUCUAUUCAUUUAAUUUGACACCUAUUAAAGAAUUUCACAAUCUUUCAUUCCAAAAUCAUAUUUACACAAAUCCUAAUGUUACUCCGUUUCAUAAUAUUUUGAGGAUUUUAAGGUUCCCUUAAAGUGGAGCCAUUUGUAUAGUUGAUAAAGCUCUAUUAAAAGAAAAUGAUCAGCAUAGAUUAAAACCUGAAAUUAGUUAAUUUAUUGAUGACGAAGAAUAUUUAAACACAGUUAAGUAACAUUUCAAAAAUUUAGAUCUUAAUUAAUGCUAAAUAGCAUAUAAUUCGUUAUUCAAAAACAUCUGA